CUCAGCUCAACCACUUUGAAUUUAACGGUCGCAGAGUGCGCCACCUGGGCGGCAGUGUUUGAAAAUAAAAUUUCAAAAUGAUAUUGAAUCCGCUAUUGCUGAAUUUUUGGUCAUUUAGGAUAAGAUAUUUAAAGGAAAUGCACCGAAUGGUAUCUUACGGGAACGCGAGUGCAGCCACACCAAAAGCGAAUUCCGUUGCUCCCGCUGCGGUCACACUAAGUCUGAAGCUCGAUUCGCCCCGACGCGCGUAACGCUUUUUUCCCGCAUCACUUUCCUCCACUUUGGCGCUGAAAAAAUCUGCACAACAAAAAAGGAUGCACCAAACCGAAUUUGCAACCAACUGCACCUAAGCCGGAUACCGAAAUCAACUAUUAUUUUACCGAUCCACGUUUAGCAUCCAUGUAGAAACGAAUAAAAAAUUAGUGCGCGAACUAAAAUCCCGUUAAAACGAGAAUGGGCCUAGCCCAAAAUAAAACUUUUUCGUUUAAUUUUCAACGUUUAUUUAACACAAUCAAUUAAAACAUAACCAAAACACAAGAUUUACUUUAAGUAAAUUGCGUUCAAGCCCGACUACAAUAAAUAUAAAUGUGAAAAUUGUGCAAUAAUUAGAGAAAUUUCUAAAAGAAGUUCUUAAGUGCGUUAUUCGUAAAUUGCAUUAUUGCGAAUGCAAAAAGCAAAUGUUAUGUAACUUAAAGUUACAAGCUAAAACAUACAAAAAGUAAACCGCAAACAAAUAACCAACUAAAUCGCAGUACAUACAGAUAAAUGUAUAUAUAUAGCGAAGGCAUGUGUGUAUAUAAAGGAGUUUGAGACCUCGAAACAAGGACUUCGCCAAGGACUACGGAUUACACUUUGCCGCCAAGUUCUUUGGUUGGCUUGAAGGAAACCCACCAAAAAUUAAGAAAACCUAAUCUGAAACAAAGUCGAAGCGCGGAACUCCGAACGCCCACCUGAGCACCACCCCCCCGCCCGGAAGCACCUGUGCCCGGAAAACCAGAACCCCGGGCAUUCGCACCCACGCACGCAAGCGCAGGAUUCUGGGAACCGUCGAAAGCAACCAAAAGUUCGACAGGAGUGGACAAAAUUUCGGGAGCUAACGAAAUUACUUUUGCUUUGAUUCCGCCUUUUGUUUCAAUCGCCAUCGCCCAGCCGAAAAUGUGGAGGGAAGCGAGCAGGUUGGUCAGGGAAACCACCUCGUGGAAAACGCGUCGUCAGGGACAAGCGGAAGCCCCAUCAGCAGCAGUAGCAACAAUAAAACCAUCGACCAGGAGGAGCACGCCGACCGCACGAGGAUUACCCAUCAUCUUCACAUGGUCGCAGCUCGCUGUUGUUGCUGCUGUUGCAGUGCUCCUGCAAUGCCACGUCUGUCAAGCCGCCGGAAGAGCUCCACCAGAACCCUACUACGGUCGCUAUAUCGGAGACUUUACCAACUUUGCUCAUGGCAUCAAGGGUCAAAUCUACGCGGUGGACGAGUCGACGCUGUUCGUCAAAUCCUUCGCCUACGACGGCACCGGACCGGACGCCUUCUUCUGGGUGGGCAAGACGGCACGGCCCAGUCCCGAGGGCUACAUCAUUCCCUAUCCGGAGGAGUACACGGGCAUGGAUCCCCCCAUUCUGCAGGCGCACAACCGAACGGACAUCAUACUGCGCUUACCCAUGGGCAAAAGGAUUAAGGACAUUCGAUGGCUGUCAGUGUGGUGCAGACGCUUCACGGUUGAUUUUGGAGAGGUGUUCAUACCACCCAACCUGGAUGUGCCCAAGCCACGGGUAUUGCCCGAGUUUAAGCGACUGGCCCACGGCCUACGUUCCAGCAACAUCAGUGUGCUGGAUGCCAAGACGUUCUACAUACCCAACCUGCACUACGACGGAGCUGGACCUGAUGCCUACUUCUGGGUGGGCAAUGGCAGCGAACCAAACAUCAUGGGCAUAAAGGUUCCCAAUGAGAGUGGUUCGCUGGAACCCUUGCGCGGCUAUCAGGGCGAGGACAUUGAGAUCCAACUGCCGGGAAGUCUGACCGUUUACGACAUCGAUUGGCUGGCUGUGUGGUGCGUGGAGUACAGGCACAACUUCGGACAUGUCUAUAUACCACGGGAUCUGGAUGUUCCACCAGCCUUGGGACAAACCAAAAUCACGACCACGACCACUCCGCGUCCAGUGUACAGCAACUGUCGCGAGAUCCUGCCGAAUAAGCUUCAGGUAAAGUGGGAGCUCCAGGGCGAGUACCUGCAGGUGGAACUCUUCGGCCGCAUCACCGAGGAUCAGUACAUGGCCUUUGGGCUGUCCGGAGCGAAUGGUCGAGCCCAGAUGUCCCAGUCCGAUGUGGUGGUGGCCUUCUACGACACCACGACCCGCGUGUUCCGGGCAGAAGAUUACUUUAUCUCGGACUUGUCCCAAUGCGAUGGCCAGCGCGGUGCUUGUCCCGACGAGAGAAUCGGAGGACGCAAUGAUGUGAUUGUGUUGAGCGGUGAUAGGAAGAAUGGUGUUACUAGCAUCCGCUAUAAGCGCCUGCUGCAACCCAAUGAUGCCAUCUACGAUGCCCCGAUACCCACUGAUCGCGAUGUGUCGGUCAUUGCCGCCAUUGGACCACUUAACUCCCGCAAGGAGGCCAAUGCCCACUCGCACACCGCCAGUGAUCACAACCAAGACGACAUUCGCAUCAACUUCUCGGCGAGGAACGAUCAUGCCUGCAAGAGUUCACUGUACGAUGUGAAGGACGAGAGUGGACCCAGGCCAUGGCCCACGCGCAAGAUCGAAGGUGUCAGGAAGUUCCGUGCCAGCAUUGGACCCACGGGCGGCAAACGCGGAUAUACCUCCAUUACGGGGGUGCCAUCGUGGGGCAUUGCCUGGUAUGUGAACGAUCUGCUGAUCCCUGAAAUCACUGUGGAACGUGGCCUGACCUACGAGUUCAUCAUCGAGGGCGGCAAUGAUCCUGGUCAACCAGCUAGAUAUCAUCCGUUCUACAUCACGGACUCGCCCGAGGGUGGACUGGGUCAGAAGAUGGGUCUGGAAGCGCGCAAACAGAAGGCCUAUGCUGGUGUGGAAUACGACGAGGAUGGCAAUGCUAUUCCAACAGGAGCUGGUCGUUAUUGCGAAUGGGAGCACCAAACCAUUGAUAAGUCUGCGGAAAUUGAGACCUUCGAGGAGUACAUGAAAACCUUGGUGUUUAAGUGCGAGGAUGGUGAACCAGGUUAUCUUAACUGGACGGUGCCCACAAAUGCUCCCGAUGAGCUUUACUAUCAGUGCUUUACACAUAACAAUCUUGGCUGGAAAAUAAACGUCGUGGACAUGGGCUCCUCCGGUGGAUCCAAAGUCAGCAGUCACCAGUUUAUUUUAUACGGAAUUUUCACAGUAUUUAGCCUGGUCGCGACACGCCUUCCCUUUUUUGGACACGUACUUGCCUGAUAGUGCCAGUAUAUGGUUUAAAUUCUAGAUGUCUAGACAGAAUCUUCGACAGAUGAGGUCCUGUGAUCUGAAUCCUGAUCUUUGCAUAUCCAUUAAAAUUACACCAUAUCCCGCCCAAAAUUUACAGCAUAUCCAAGUUCCAACUUCUCGAUACGAAUUUAUAUUUUUUCACACUAAGACGGUCGGGAAACUCAUCUGUCGAGGAUUUUUGGCCACUUGGCGACUUUCACAACCAGGCUAAUAUCAUCUGAAAAACAUAUCUUGACAAUAAUUCGUAAGAUGUAAAACUGUUGAAAUUGUGUGUGCAUGCGUGAGGGCCCACUGUACUGCACUGUACUGUACAGUGGGCGUAGAAUGGGUGUUGAGCCACGGCCGGAACUUGAUCGGUUGUUGGCAGUAGAUUUUUGUGGCUAGGCAGCGCGAACUUUUUGUACAUUUACGAGUAUGGAAUUCUACUUUUUUACAUGUAUACUUAUUAAAUUUACUUAUACAUCUACAUCUCUAGUACAGUAAAAAUUGUAAUUUUUCUAGCAACUACUACGAAACCUACAAAGGCAUGUAGAUACCAGAAUCAUGUUUAAUAUGCGGUUCUAUAAAAACGUAAGCCGACAAUAAUAACGCGACACUGCGACAAUAAAUAAAUGAUAUUGAGUGUGUGUUCAAACGACACACAUCAAAUAUCGAACAAAUUAAUGAUUUGGGCUGCAACUGAAGCUCAAUGACAUUGUACAAUAAGAAUUAUAUGGAUAUAGGAAGGGCAAAAAGGGAAGAAAUCGAUGCAAUUUGUAUGACAAUAAAAUCUACACAAUUGUGAAUUUUGAAAAAGUUUCGCAGACAAUACAAUACUUUUACACAAUUCGAAUGUACUAAGAAACUAAUGACAAAUAAGAAAACUAUGUUAUUUAAUGCUACUGACUACUGUGGUGCUUCUUGUAACGAUAUUAGAUGAAAUGUAUGUAAAUCAAACGCCACGUUUAGAAUGGAAUACAAGAUACCCCUUUGGACGGUAUGGAGUUUUUGUUAUCAAAUGGUUUUCUUGUAACUUUUUUAACUAUAUUUGCAUAAUUGGUGUUUUUAUAUAAGCAUGAUAUAUAUAUAUUCGUAUAUGUUUACAAUAAGCGAUAUGUUUAUAAUGGUAACUGAAGCAGAAAGACCCACAACUAAGAUGUGCGACAAUAAAAAGUGGACAAAUAAAUAAGCUAGGUACUUCAGUAAUAUUUGGCAAGAUAUUGAAUAUGUAACAUUAUAACUGAUAAAUACGCAUGAACGGCGAAUCUUUUUGAUAGUUGUUUGCAUUCAUUUUGGAUUUUGGACAAUUCAGAAUGAACUGUAUAGCCAGAAUAAAGAAGAUCGACAUUAAAUGAGCUAAUUUACAUAAAAGAACAAACUUUUCCUAAGAAUAUAAAUGUAUAAAAAGCUAUUGGACACUAAAGUUUGUUAAGUUUAUGUUGUUUUUGCUGUCCUUUGUUUCCUUUCCCUAUAUAAGUUUUCAUAUUAAUGGUCACUAUGCUGUAGUAAUGUACAUUAUCGGAAAAAAGAUACAGAAAAGUGUAAAGAUUCAUUAACUACAACAAUGGAGAGUUUUGAUAUUGACAUUUGAAAUGGUCUGGAGCAGGUUUAUAAGUCAAAUUGAUUUUUGUAUAGUUAUUGCAGCUAAGCGCACAAAAGUCCAGAUAAAAUGAAAAUGAUAAGCGAAUCAAACAAUUUAUAAAUUAACACUCACCUUUAUAUUCAAUUGAUAUACAUAUACAUAAAUACAUAUAUACAUUAAACAAAUGGCAAGAAUAUGACUUUCAAAGAAUAUCCCAGAAUAUAAAAAUUUCCAUGUCGAUUAUAACUUAACAUCUCGUACUUAGAUAGCAACAUUUUUCUGCAUUACCUAACGAAGAACUUUCAUUAAAAAUAAAAAUCGAAAUCUCCAAUUUAAUAAAUAGAUAUGUAUGCAUGAGUCACAAGCUAAGAGGGUGAGGAGCAAACUAAUCCAUUUUUAAAUGUUAAUAUACAGACCGCAUUAGAGAACCGGCAAAAAUCCCAAUUGACGAUUGCUUGCCAUGACAAAUGGCCAGUUCAAGUAAAUGGUAGAGAAUUAAAAGAAUGAUGUCAAUAAUAAGAAGCUUCACCUGAAGAUAAAUCAAAGG